AUUCGAGACAAUGAGGCACCAGCGGAUCGCCAUGAUGUUGAUAUAAAAUUUGGAUCCACUCGAGCCAGCGCAUACCGGAAUUAGGGCCACCUGGACUGAGAACAGAUGGAUAUCUCGGAUGUCGUCGAGUAUCUCAAACAGGUAAAGCUAGAAACUGAAAAAUUGCCGGAUGUGGUUGUGGCUGACGGCCCAGGACGAGAAGAUGGUACCAGGAACGAGCUCCAAGACGAUGGUAAGACAGCCAAGCAGUUUAACCGUCUAAGGCACAUUGAUAAGGAGUAUGAAAGGCUAGAUUCCGGAUUCAGGCUAACUGACGCCGAGCUGGAGUACUUUAGGGCCCUGAAAAAGAGCGUGGCCGCCCACGGAAUCCAGAGCUCCUUGGCAGAUUCUUAUCUUUGGAAGUACGCCUCUCAGUUUGGUGACGCGGAGGCGCCUCCGGAGCAGGAGCCUUCGAGUGAUUUAGACGUUACGAGCGACGAUUCAUCGGAUGUGCAGCUGGAUGAAGAAGACGCUGCGGGGCAAAAGGAAGAGAGUGAAUCAGAGAAUGGAGUUUGGAAUAAAAUGUUCCAGAGCAAUCCGCCAUCUGUAUACGAACUCUGCAAAACUGGCGUACAUUUUGGAGCCAUAUACGAGUGCCUUCACACAAUAGGCGAUCGUAUUUGCGAAUCUCCCGGUCAACAAAUCCCAGAGGUCCUUUUAAAGUGGCUAUUCGUCAUCCUUUUAAUGCUGGACGACUUGCAUGCAAUGUCAGAAUCAGUUUCUUACGAACUUCAGAGAAUACGACGCGCUAUUUUGCGCAGGUGUACAAUAAUUAAAGGGUCAGUGGACUCUACUCAGUGUCCAAACGAACUGGCAUCAUCAUAUCUACUAUCCUCCAUAAUCGCAAUGCACUUUAACCAAAACUAGGUAAUCACAAA